AUGUUCCAAGAACCGGCCGUGGGGCUUGGACGCGUUGUUGGCACCACCAUCUUGCGAGCGAUCCCACGCGCUGGUCAGCGUGUUGGCAAGCAAAGGGCAAAAAGAAGAAAAAAAGUUACGACGGUUCUGGAGUACCGUGACCAAGGUCUGGUUCGCCCAAAGGUCCUGAUCGUGGUCCCGUUUCGCAGCGCGGCUAUGAAGAUUGUCGACACGAACCAGCGCCUCUUCACCGGGGACGAUCCCAAGCUUGUGACUAACUACAAACGCUUCCAGUCCGAGUACGGCGGCGAAACGCUGGCCUUCCCGAAGGUCAACCCCAAGCCGGAGGACUACUAGCGGACAUUCGCGGGAAACACCGACGACAACUUCCGGAUCGGCAUCUCGUUCAGCAAAAGUUCGAUGAAGCUGUACACAAAGUACUACAAUUCGGACUUGAUUCUUGCCUCUCCGCUGGGACUCCGGAUGACCAUCGGCGCCGAGGGCGAAUCCGAGCGGGACUUUGACUUCCUCUCAUCCAUCGAACUCCUUAUCCUAGACCAAGCGGAGAUCCGUCUCGCCCAGAACUGGGACCACUUGCUGCACCUGAUGGACCACCUUCACCUGCAACCCCAAUCAACCGAACACACCGACUUCUCCCGCGUCCGCUACUGGUGCCUCAACGGAUGGUCUCGCUUCUACCGACAAACCCUCCUCUUUUCCUCCCACGACCUGCCCGAAUUCCGCUCCAUCUUCAACAACAAAUGCGCCAACUACCACGGCAAGGCCCGCGUCGCCAACCCCGUCAAAACCGGCUCAAUCCGGCACGCCAUCGUCCCCCUUCCCCAAACCUUCCACCGCAUCAAGGUGCCCUCCCUCGAGGCUUCCUACGACGCCAAGUUCGCCCACUUCACCACCGUCCUCCUGCCCCAGCUCCGCUCCGUCACGAUGGCCCGCACCCUCAUCUUCAUCCCGUCCUACUUCGACUACGUCCGGCUGCGCAACUACUUCAAAAAGGAAGAGCUCAACUUUGUCCAAAUCUGCGAGUACUCCAAGGACGGCAAAAUCGCCCGCGCCCGCGACAUGUUCUUCCACGGCAGUGCCCACUUUAUGCUCUACUCCGAACGCUCGCACUUCUUCCGGCGGACGCGAAUCAAGGGCAUCCGCCACCUCGUAUUCUACCAACUGCCUUACACGCUCACCAAAUAAAACCAUAUUUAUGGU